CACCCAUCCCAGCUUGGCUAGUACCAGCAUGGCGUGCUUGCUUAUACCAUUUACAGCGAACUACAUAAGACCGCCUCCAGUUUCACGGAACAGGACGAAACCUCAACUUCAGGACUUCUCUUACCCAUUGAGUCAAUGGAGAACAACUUAACCAAUCAGCAAGUAAUUCCACAUGGAGAACAACUUAACCAAUCAGCCAUCCCAGUCGGUACCAGACCAUUGGGCGGUUCCAGACUUCAAUAAACAUCCUAUACCGUCCACAUUAUUCCGUUCACUCUGUAUGAUCUCACUGGGAAGACCGUCUCUCGAACAUCACUGGAAGUCUAAGAUCAACGAUGAUGAAUGGGAGAAACAUAGGAAGACUUUUAUUGACAGACUGAGUAAUACUAACAUAGUGGUGCUCACUACUUCGGCAGUCUUUCUUUCAACACAACCGCCACUGACAUCAUUUCUUCCCUACACUAUACGCGGUUGCUAUAUCUUAGCUCUAGGAUCUUUCGCACAUGCCCUCGGCGGCUUGCUUUCUGGUUUAGCUGUGGUCAACAUAUACGAAGCCUGUGAUCGAAUCUGGGCUAGAGAUGUCCUGACGGCUACACGCUUUCGACUGUGCUGUACACUUCUGUUCAUCAGCUGGCCGACUAUAUCCCUCACAAUUUCUAUCUUCUUUUUGAUGUCAUCUCUUAUGAUCGCGUGUUACGCUUCUGGAGUGUGGUGGCUUCAAUUCUUGACAACAAUAGAAAUAUUGUCCUGGGCGUGGUUGCCCGCUCUCUUCGCUUGGUGUGCACUCAAAGAGACUCUUCCAAAAAACAUGCGGGCAUCCAGACGGCAGACUGGCACCAGGCUGCCCUCCUGAGCUGUGUUUGAGCACGUGUACGGC